ACAUGUCUUUGCUUACUCCUGAGCUUCCUCCUUUUAGAACAAAUCUUCAUUGACAGGUUGGAUACAACUGCCUGCUCAUCUAACCUCAAAAAUGCCGAGGGAAAUUAAGGAGAUUAAGGACUUCCUGCUGAAGGCAAGAAGGAAAGACGCCAAAUCGGUUAAGAUAAAGAAGAAUCCUGAGAACACCAAGUUCAAGGUGAGGUGUUCCCGGUUCCUCUACACCCUCGUUAUCCGAGACAAGGAGAAGGCAGAGAAACUGAAGCAGUCCCUACCUCCAGAAAUUACGCCACGUAAAAUCCUGAUGGGUGGUUCCGCUGCGACUGCGGGAAUUCAGUUGUGUCCGAACUAGCGGCAAGUAUGGUUA